ACCUGUAAGUCAACCAGUUCAUUGUCACGGCUCACACACUCACUCCCUAUAUAUACCUGCUUUCAGUCUCGUCUCUCUCACUCUUCACUGCUUGCGUCUGUUUUGCCUUCGGGAAUUCGGUCGUGAAGCGAAGAUGAAAUACGUCAUUGCUCUUGUGCUUGUGGUGGCAGCGGCGGUGGAGGCGGCGGUGAUGGUGACGCAGACUCGUGGACAGGGAUGUGUGACAGUGGAGCCCGCUUACAAUUUUGUGAACUCCAUGUACGAAGGACGCUGGUAUGAAAUUGGCAGGAUACAGACGCCGGGUGGGGCUGCGUUCCAGAAGGACUGUUGGUGCGACACAACAGACUUCCACUCGGAGACUCAGCUGACAGGCGAUGGUGAGGCAACCUACUCCUGCAGGAAGCAUGGCCCGGACGGCGACCUGCAGAGCGCCACAGCUGACCUUUUCUUCGACGGCAUUGCUGGAAAGUUUAAGCAGCAGUUUCGCUUCCCAUUCGCCCCCCAGCUGGAUUACACAGUGGUUUUCGUAGAUGAGGAUGUCGCGAUGGAGUACGACUGCGACACAACCUUUGGCAUCACCAACUACUGCAUUCACUUCAUGGCACGCACACCUCACAUGGACCCCGCCAAGCUGGACACCCUCAUCUUUUAUGCUGAAAGCCUCGGCCUCAACACCCAGAACAUCACCUACAAGGCAACGGAGCAGGAAGGUUGCUGGUAGUGAUAAUGCUAGUGGCCUACUGUUAGUGCAGCUGCUGCUGAUCUUGUGAUACUGAUGCUGUACUUCUACUACUACUACUACUAGUAGUAGCUAGUAGUAGUAGUAGUAGUAGUAGUAGUAGUAGUAGUAGUAGUAGUAGCAGCAGCAGCAGCAGCAGUAGCAGUAGUAGCAGUAGUAGUAGUAGUAGUAGUUGCAGUAGUGGUGAGGAGGAAGAAAAUUCUUAAGUAGUAGUAGUAGUAGUAGUAGUAGUAGUAGUAGUAGUAGUAGUAGUAGUAGUAGUAGUAGUAGUAGUAGUAGUAGUAGUAGUAGUUCAUCUAAUUCAUGUUAUUACCAUUGUGUCCUGCAUUGUCAUUCAGUAUAAAUAGUGAAACACACACACACACACACACACACACACACACACACACACACACACACACACACACACACACCUCAAGUAUCAUGCACAAACAAAUAUGUACAUACAAUCUGCUAAAACCACAAAAUAUACUUGUAACAUGUUAUGUAUACUGCAAUUAAUACAUACAAUGCUUAAUUAAUCCUUUAUGGCAUGUAAAAAAAUGUAUAAAUUGCCGUAACUCAUGCUUUUUUCUUCUUUAUGUCUGUUACAACAAAAAUCGGUACAUAUCAUUUUACAUUAUAUAAAAAAAACUAAUAUGUGUUUCAUUACUCAUUUUAAUUCAGCAAUUUUUCAUGUCAUAAUGAAAAGAAAAGCACUGUUUUCCUCUAUAACAAUGAAACAGUAACAGCAAAAAUCGGCACCUAUUAUUUCAUAUCACAUUAAAAAAUAAAAAAGU